AUGUCUGGUGCAGUGCUCAUUGACAAGGUCAGCAACUGUGCUCAUCACACAAGUCAGCUCAUGGGACACCAGGAGCUAGCCAUGGAUAUUGAAGGAAUCAACCUGUGCCGCACGGGUCGCAUUGCUUUGAUCCAGCUGUGCACCAAGAGUGGUGAGGUCUUCUUGUUCGAUAUCGCUGUCUUGGGCCAAGAUGCAUUUGACAAGGGCGGUCUGCGAGCUGUUUUGGAAUCUGAGCAGAUCUGCAAGGUCAUCUUCGAUGGCAGAGCAGAUGCGGAUGCUCUCUACCACCAGUUCCAUGUCCAGAUCCGGCACGCGUUUGAUCUGCAGGUUCAACAUGCCCUUCGCUUCAGCAACAGCAACGAUCGCUAUGUGAAGGGUCUCAAAAAGUGCCUGAGCGAUGCCAAUGUGGUCCCACUGAUGGAACGAGAGUGUCUCGAAGCCCUUAAAGAGGAAGGACUGCGGCUAUUUGCCCCAGAAAAGGGAGGUCGCUAUGAGGUGUGGAUGGAACGCCCGCUCAACCAGGCUUUGGUGGACUAUGCAGCUGCUGAUGUCAAGUACCUGCUUUCCAUGAAGGCCAUAUGGCAUGCCUCCCAAGACGUUUUGCAGCUGACCCGGGAUCGGCUGCAAGGUGCAGUCCAGGCCGCCGUCCCAGCAAAAGGUCAGCACAUGAGCGUGCGCGACUUUUCGCUGGGUCAGCAUCCACAAUACCUUGGCAGAGAGGCCGUGUCACAGAAGAGGCGCAUCAUGGGUGGCACUGGGCCAAUGAAAAGGUCCCGCCCCAUGGGAGGAAGCAACCGGUUUGGGCUUGAUGAUGACCUUGAUGACAUUUGUGACCCAUUCGAUGGUUUCUUCGGCUAUGGAAGUGACUGA